AUCAGGUUGUAGUUUGUCUGCAUUGAGCUGUUUGAAUGGAGGGACAUUUGAUGCGGAGUUUUGCGAAUGCGUUUGCCCACUCACGCACUCGGGAAUGACGUGUGCUGAUGAGAAUCGUUGUCUGUCCAGCAACAGAUGUGGGAAUAACCGAUACUGUUUACCAAGCAAUGAUCCGUCGGGAUUCACUUGCCACUGCAAUAGCUUUCAAGGAUAUGUCGAGGGUGAUUCUGGUCAGUGCCAACGGUAUCCAUCGAAGAAUGUCGUGAUCACUGCUCGUAUGGACUUUAAAGAAGCCUUCAAAAACCCAACGUCGAAAGCAUUCAAGGAGACUGCAGCCGUGUUUGAGAAUGCAAUUUUGAAGACCUUUAAAGAAAACCCAUCAACCAAUGACGUUUUGUCGGUGGUAGUUCCUUUAAUGGAGGAGGGCAGUGUUGUCAUCAGAUCUGUAGCACUGUUUGAAACUGCUGCACCGUCCAACGCCAUUUUACGUCAAGUGCUGGCGAGCAGUAAUACACUGACUGAUGGCAGUACGGUCAUUGAUAUUGAUCAAAACUCGAUCCUUGUGGAUGAUGAGGCAAUAGACUGUGUACCGACUUACUGCAUGAACGGCGGGACGUGUGAGACAUCGGGUAUCUUUCCCUAUACGAACAACACGUGCAGGUGCCCUGAGUCUUUUAGCGGUCAGCGAUGUGAGUCAGAUGUGUUGCCACCUCCAGAAGAUGGAUUGUCCACGCUGGCCAUAGUUUUCAUCAUCGUUGGGUCUAUCGCUUUGAUCCUCGUGGUGGUAGUUUUGCUCCUCUGCAUGUGUCUGUACACGCAAAGCCUACACGCAAAGGCCUCGGCUAACCACCGCAAUAGGGUUGUUGGACGGGACGACACAGGCAGUGAUAACUAUGGCUUUCCGCCCAUGGCACUUGAUGGUUACGUGGACCGUAGUAGGUCAGUUUUGGGUUAUGAGGCAACAAGAAUGGAUCGUUUGAUGGACGGGAUCAGUCACUCACCCUACCAACAGCAGGUAAUACAUUAA